AUGAAAAAGCUUGGGGUGCAUGAUGGUGUAUACCAUUUGUUCAUAAAACUCGGUUGGCGUGGUUUUCUUCGACUUUGUGACAGAACUUACGAGGAACCCACAAUGGAAUUUCUUAGCACAUAUGCACGAGAUGAUGACACAGAAGUCCUCACAUUCCAGUUGAAAGGGGAGCAUCAUAGACUCACAUACGAAGAGCUUGUUUCUAUCAUGGGCUUCUUUUUAGACAAAUGUGACUCCAUACGCCAACGUUCCUCAGGGGAAAUUUUCAUCGGGGGACUUAUCACGAUCAUAGGUCGAGCCGUCGGCCUAGACUUCCCAGAUCCCGAGUACAUACCUGUCGACACCCCACCGAACCUCCUGCUAGAUUGUGACACUCUCAUCCGGAUGGAGAUGUUGCUCGAUCGGGGAACCCGCACGUACAGUUGGUUAGACGCUGACAAAGCCCCGGUUUACAUCCUGCCAAGUUGGAUUGGUUCUUCAUUCGAUACAGGCGACCCCGACACUUGGCUUCCUCCAGAUCAAUUGACCCAAGCAGGUGUAUUCCCAGAAUUCGGUGAUGAUGAGGGUGAUGCGCAGAGGAACAAGAGGAAGAAGAUGAUGAAGAGGACGACGAGAUGCCCGAAGCUGAGGACCAUUUUGACCAGCCCUCGAUGCAGCAGCCGAUGUUUCAGCAUGAUCAGUUCCAGGCCCCUCCACAACAUUUUGACCAGCCGCAUCAGCAGGAGGGACACGAAGUCCCACCAUAUUUCCCCCCCACGUUCUUUGACCAAUUUACCACAAUGUUCUCCACGGUGCGGCGUAUCGACGCCCAAACGCAAGAGAAUUCGAGAGCCAUCCUAG